UAAGUAUGCACUAAUAAUCUCUGGUAUUGCACUGUUAAAUCACGCAUCUAAAUAGAACAUUUCUGUUUUACCGAGUCGUAAUGGAUUUCAAUAAUAAAGUUGUUCUGGUGACUGGAGCCAGUUCUGGUAUAGGAGCAUCUGUGGCUAUAGCCUUCAGUGCAGCAGGUGCUAAAGUAGUUAUGGUAGGACGCAAUGAAACCAAGCUUAAAACAGUCGCAGCUAAAUGCAAGGACCCGCUUGUUGUGAUUGCUGAUAUGACCAAGGAUGAUGACGUUAAACGAAUAAUGGAUCAAACUAUAAAGAAGUUCGGCCAACUGGACAUCUUGAUAAUCAACGCAGGACUGUCGUCACCUGGACCGCUUAUGGAGAGUGAGAAUACGAUGAGAUCAUACGAUCUCAUCUUUAGCACGAACGUUCGAGGCCUUGUCCAUAUGACAAGUGUAGCUGCCCCCCACUUGGUGAAAACUAAGGGGAACAUCGUGAAUAUAUCCAGCGUUGCUGCGAUCAUCACUCCAAACUUUAAAGGUACGACGAAUUACUACGUUUCUAAAGCUGCUGUAAACCAUUUUGGUUUGUGCGCUGCUGCUGAAUUGGCACCAUAUGGUAUAAGAGUAAACACAAUCAGUCCAGGGCCAGUAAAGACUGAUUUCAUAGCCAAUGCCAAAUUGGACGCAGAUUAUGAAUUUAUCAAGACAAAAACAGCUCUUAAUAGAAUUACGGAGCCAGAGGAAAUCGCGGACUUGGUUCUGUUUGUAGCCAGCGAUAAAGCGAAAGGUAUCACUGGGUCAAACUUCUUGUCUGAUAAUGGAAUGUUGGUUAAACGCUCGUGAAUAACUCCACCUUUCCACUACAUUAUGUGAGCGAGGCAUAAGCAUGCAAUAUUGCAAGAUGUUUUUAUUGUUCAAUGGCUUUAUGUAAUUAUGUGACUUCUUGAUAAUAUAAUUUUGCCAUAGAUAAAUA